CGGGCCCUGCGGGGUUUCGGGCGAGAGGCGUCCCAGGUGUUCCGGCCUGCGCGCGCCCGGCGUCCCCCGAGAGUGGGGGCUGCGCCUGAGGGACCAGACACCUGUUCGACCGCGCCCGGCGUGGUCGCCGGAGGCCAGGAUGAAAGUGACCGUGUGCUUCGGCAGGACCGGCAUCGUGGUGCCCUGCAAGGAGGGCCAGCUGCGCGUCCGGGAGCUCACGCAGCAGGCGCUGCAGCGGUACCUGAAGACGCGGGAGAAGGAUCCUGGCUAUUGGGUGAAGAUUCAUCACUUAGAAUACACAGAUGGAGGAAUCUUGGAUCCAGAUGAUCUCUUGGCAGAUGUCGUUGAAGACAAAGAUAAGCUGAUUGCUGUUUUUGAUGAACAAGAACCACUCCACAAGGUUGAGAGCCCCAGCGGAAACCCUGCAGGUCGGCAGAGCCCAGACACUUUUGAGACGGAAGUGGCUGCCCAGUUGGCUGCAUUUAAACCCAUUGGUGGGGAUAUUGAAGUAACCUCUUCUGCUCUGAGAUUUGGCACUCCACUGCUGGUGAGGAGAAGCAGUGACCCGGCGCCAGGCCCACCUGCUGAUGCCCAGCCGAGUGCUUCACAACCCAGUGGCCAGAUUCUGAAACCUGUUAUUCCAGAUUCCACACAAAACUUAGAAGAUGGAGAAGUUAUGAAUGGUGUACAGACAGAUCUACUGACAUCGUCAAAAGCUAAGGAUAUAUUGAGUGAUAUGACAAGAACAGUGGAGAUUUCUGGGGAAGGAGGCCCCUUGGGAAUACAUGUAGUGCCGUUCUUUUCAUCUCUGAGUGGAAGAAUUCUAGGACUCUUCAUUCGUGGCAUUGAAGAAAACAGCAGGUCCAAGCGGGAAGGACUAUUUCAUGAAAAUGAGUGUAUUGUAAAAAUCAACAAUGUGGACCUCGUAGACAAAACCUUUGCUCAGGCUCAAGAUGUCUUUCGUCAGGCAAUGAAAUCUCCAAGUGUUCUCCUCCAUGUGCUUCUACCCCAAAACCGUGAACAGUAUGAAAAAUCAGUCAUUGGACCUCUUAACAUUUUUGGUAACAAUGAUGGCAUUUUGAGAACAAAACCACCACCUCCUGUCCAUGGAAAAUCAGGAAUCAAGACAGUAAAUCUCACAGGAAUAAGCAGUCCUGAAGAAGAUGCAUCCACUUCCCUGCAACAAAGCAAGAGCCCCCGAGUACCAAGACUGGGUAGAAAGCCAUCCUCUCCCUCACUUUCCCCUCUCAUGGGGUUUGGGAGCAAGAAAAAUGCAAAGAAAAUUAAGAUUGACCUAAAGAAAGGCCCUGAAGGACUUGGUUUCACUGUUGUUACCAGAGACUCUUCCAUACAUGGUCCUGGUCCCAUUUUCGUAAAAAACAUCUUACCAAAGGGCGCAGCAAUAAAAGAUGGCCGCCUGCAAUCAGGGGACAGAAUUUUGGAGGUAAAUGGCAGAGAUGUCACUGGGUGUACUCAGGAAGAGCUUGUGGCCAUGCUGAGGAGCACCAGGCAGGGAGAGACAGCAUCGCUGGUCAUCGCCCGUCAAGAAGGAAAUUUUCUUCCCCGAGAGCUGAAAGGAGAACUUGGCUGCUGCACACUCUCUCUGGAAAACACUGAACAGCUCACCUUCGAGAUCCCUCUGAAUGAUUCAGGUUCUGCCGGUCUUGGCGUGAGCUUGAAAGGCAACAAAUCUCGAGAAACUGGAACAGAUUUGGGGAUUUUUAUCAAAUCUGUCAUCCACGGAGGUGCUGCUUUUAAGGAUGGACGUCUACGGAUGAAUGACCAGCUGAUUGCAAUUAAUGGUGAAUCUCUUUUGGGAAAGUCCAAUCAUGAAGCCAUGGAAACACUUAGGCGAUCCAUGUCCAUGGAAGGAAACGUACGAGGGAUGAUCCAGUUGGUGAUUCUGAGGAGGCCGGAGAGACCAGUGGAGGAGCCUGCAGAGUGUGGGGCAUUGUCUAAGGCAUGUUUUGAGACUUGUCAAAAUUCCGUAACCACCUCCAGAAGAAAUGAUAAUAGUGCAUUGCAUCCAUUUGGCACGUACACUCCACAACACGCACACAAAGAGCUACUGCUUCCCAGUGAUGGAUGGGCCAAGAGCCAAGCAGCACCUUCCCCACCACCACAUCCCGUUCUGGAAUUGGGCAUUGAAGAUUACAACCACAGCUCUGGGGUGGAUUCAGCAGUGUGUUUUCCAGAUCAGCACAUCCACUUCAGAUCUGUGACACCAGCCAGGCAGCCUGAAUCAGUGAAUCUGAAAGCCUCGAAGAGCAUGGACCUUGUGCCAGAUGAAAGCAAAGUCCACUCAUUGGCUGGACACAAGUCAGAAUCUCCAAGCAAAGAUUUCGGUCCCACUCUGGGAUUGAAAAAAUCUAGUUCCUUGGAGAGCCUGCAGACUGCCGUUGCUGAGGUCAGGAAGAAUGAGCUUCCCUUCCACAGGCCCCGACCACACAUGGUCCGCGGUCGAGGCUGCAACGAGAGCUUCAGAGCAGCCAUUGACAAAUCUUACGACGGGCCUGAGGAGUUAGAAGCUGAUGGUCUGUCUGAUAAGAGCUCUCACUCUGACCAGGGAGCUCUGAACUGUGAAUCUGCCCCUCAGGGGAGCUCUGAACUGGAGGACGCAGAAAAUAAAGCCAGGAAAGUAAAAAAAACAAAAGAGAAGGAGAAGAAGAAGGGAAAGGGCAAAUUGAAAGUCAAGGAGAAAAAGCAGAAAGAGGAAAAUGAAGAUCCGGAAAGAAAAAUAAAGAGAAAGGGAUUUGGCGCCAUGCUGAGAUUUGGAAAGAAGAAAGAUGAUAAGGGUGGAAAGGCUGAGCAGAAAGACGCUCUGAAGCAGGGUGGCCUGAGAGAAGAUGAGCUUGAAAAAAUGAAGGAAGAACGUGAAAGGAUUGGAGCAAAGCAUCAGGAGCUAAGGGAAAAGCAGGCAAGAGUCCUUAUUGAUUAUGCUACGGGCGCAGUUGGAUCACUGCAUGAUAUGGAUGACGAUGAAAUGGAUCCUAAUUACGCCAGAGUGAACCACUUCCGGGAACCGUGUGCAUCAGCAAACAUCUAUAGGCCUCCAUCUCCCCCUCGGGGUGCACCACUGGGGUACCCUCGGGACGGCCGUCCACUCUCUCCAGAGAAGGGCCACUUAGAGGGCCUCUACGCCAAGGUCAACAAACCAUACCAUCCACCGGUACCAGCUGACAGUGGUCGUCCCAUGAGUGGAAGUGCUGACCGCAUCCAGAAGUUGCGGAAGGAGUAUUUUCAGGCUCGGAGGGAAGGUUUCACUUUAUAUGAGGAUGAUGAAGGAAGAACAAGAACCGAUUAUGACCUUCACUGGGUGUCUGGAAAGGGUCCAGAUGGGAAUGCACACAACCUCCGCUUUGAGGGAAUGGAGAGACAGUACGCAUCCCUACCCAGGGGAGCACCAGCUGAUCCUGGAGACUGUCUGACAGCGGCACCGCGAGGGCUCUACAGGGAAAGGGAGCUGCCCUAUUACCCAGGGGCUCGUCCUGAGCACCCUCCCAAGGGGAGCUACCCCCGCCCCCCGGAUCUGAGGGUCGCAGACCUCCGGUACCCUCAGUGCUACCCACCCCUGCCAGCCCCCCAGCACAAAGGGCCCUUCCGGCAAGACGUCCCACCUUCCCCACCUCAGCACCGCAGAGCACCAGCCUACCAGGAAAUGGGCAGGCCAGGGCCCCUCGGGGGCAGCCCAGACCAGUACCCGUACCAAGCCCCGGGACCCCGGCAGAAGAACCCCAUGACUGCAGCCGUGUAGCUGAAUUCCACCCAGCUCAGGCCAGCCGAGAAAGGAAGACAUCUAACUUCGCCUUUGCCCUUCCUAGACCUGAAGGCCUUCUUCCUGUUAAGGAUUCUCCAUGAUACAGAUUAGGUUUUUCGCACUGAGGUUGCAACUCUUGACUGCUAAUCAGAGGGAAAAGGAAGGGACAGGAGUUUUGUGUGGGAGGCAGGCAAUCAGGAAGAAGAGGAAGGAUUGGGUCAUAAAAACAAUACCGCCUGAUAUUCGAAAUACUUCUAGAAUUGUUCGAUUCAGUGAAAGUGGCAAUUAAACAAGCAAAUAACAGUGGAGAUAGACCACACCGUGCCUCCCUGGUGCACACAUGCCCCAUAGAACUGGCAGCAUGGAAGCAGUCUCUGCCCCAGAUCACCGUCCGUUCAGAGGCUAAGUUUUAGCCACCCUGUUAGAGGUGUUAAGUCGAAAGAGUGGCUGCAAAUGCAGGUAUCUGAAGUGAGUAGUUUUUUCACUGAGAAAACAAAACAACAGCAAACAAGAAGAGUGACUGCCUUGAAAUGUUUGUACCCAGGAGAAGACCAUUUCUUUGUAGAAUUUCUCAGGUUCCUGGUACCACUCAUUUGGUAUAAGCAUUUCACAUUUCUUCACUUUUUAUAAAAAAAAAUAAGAUGUCAGCGCAGUAUUCAUGUCCUGGACGAAUAUACAAAACUAGUCAGAGCUUCCAGAGAAUUAUAUAUUAAAGACCAAGGUGAUCAGGUUAAGAAGACUGGAAAUCCUGUGGUCCUCACUACCCUGCCUUGCACAACCCAGGCACGACAGCAGGGAGGUAUCUGAUUUCAGAGUUAUCCCCAACUCUCCUGCCUGUACUUAUUGUAACUGGAGCCUCUACUUUAAGACUCCUGCUUGAGGGCUAAAGUGUACUUGAUAAAAAAAUUUUAAAAAAGGGACCACUGGUUAGGUCACACAGGAAGCAAUGCUCUGGAGAUGCCAGUUCCAGAUUCAGUGCCAAACAGUGCCAUCUGCACCCAGGGACAGGGAGGAGUGGACUGUGGCCUUUGGGAUUGAUAACCAGCAAGUAGUAGAUGGCCGUGACUGACAGCGCUGUGUGUGUGUGUGUGUGUGUGUGUUUGGAGGCAUGCGAUUACCAGUAUGAAGAAUGGAAGAUAAAAAUACUUUCUGGAAAGUUUGAUGAGGAAGGGAAUUAAAAAAAAAAACAAACAGAAGGGAAGGGAAGAGGCAAAAACUAAAUCAUUCUAUUUCUGCUAUAGUUCAUUAACAGAAGUCAGGGCAGGACUGAGGCCAGAGUUGCCAACUGGAAAAAGAAAGUCUGAUGGCUUUGAAAAGCGGAAACCCACACUCUAAAACCCACUGUAAUUUCUUUUGAGCUUUGCAGCUGUUUUCUACUUACUUCAACAGAACAUCUAGAACUUACAACUUGACCCAAAUGAGAACACAACAAAAGACUGAGAAACGGCAAAAUCUGGGGGCAGCAAUUUCAGUUGCUCAGUGACUCUUGAAAUACUUCAAGCCUCUUCACAUUCCUUCUUCAUUCCCUCCAAUAAAAAAAAAAGUCUUGAGUUUAAUUCAGAUGUAUUUUGGCCAAGAUUAGAAUACCUCUGACUGAUAGGAUUUAAUAAAUUAUAGUAUUAUUAAAUAUACAGAGUCUCUAUCUAGCCCAGUUUAGUCUUAUUUCUUCUUAAUUUAAAAUAGAGUUCUGUUGCCCAGAAUGAUACCAUUGCUGGUUUUCGGCAUAAACAGUGUUGUUUACGGGACUUUAAGAGGUAUCAUUUUCUGAACUACAAUUUACUUAUGGACCUCUUGAAAACAGACUGUCAGGUUGUUUUUUGCCCUCUCCCUUCUCUCUUGAGCCAGGCACCUGUAGAUUGUCUGCAGUUUUUGUGAGGAGGUCGAGGAGCCCAGGCCUCGCACACCUAGAGGUGGAGUGCAGGUGAGCUGUAGGGCUUCCCUCUAAUAUGACGAAUGACGUCUUCCCCUCAAGCGAAAUGAACCUUCAAGAAGGAAACAGUAAGCCCAGGGAAAUGUAACUUGUUUUGAAGCAUUAAAAAGUCAGCUCUUCUGUAUGUUGCACAGUUUAAUCAGAUUUCUGUAGACUGCUUGGCAUAGCCAAGCCAGAAGUUUCCUUCUGGAUUGAGGCCAAGGCCCCAUGACAGCAGUCAGAGGCAGUGAUACAACAUGAGAUAGUCUGUGUGGGGGGAAGUGGCCCUUGUAGGAAGGAUGCCCACAUCUUUACUGCAUUUCCGCCUUGGGCUCACAAUACCGCGUGCUCACAGGCUCAGGGUCAGCUGCUCAAAACGUGCUUUUGUGUUGUGCACAGUCAGUAAAACAGUUGCUAAUCCUGAGAGGCAGCCAGGGAUGUGAAGCUACGACUGAAGUGGACAAGAAAUAGAUGAUAGCUGUUUCCUUUUUUUGCUUGAAGUUUAACACAUGCCCCAUUUGACCCUGCCCGAAAGAAGCUAACAUUACGUGUGACAGAGGCUCCAUCAAGCCAAGCAACAAUUAAGAACAAUUCGAAUGUAAAGUUUGUAAAUGCCUGUGUACCAACCCUCCCACUGUCACCACCCGGAGGUUACGGAACUCGGCCCCAGUAUUUAGGAGGACAGGUUGUUUACGGUAUUUAGAAAACCAGGCUAUGAUCAGUAGGUGCCCAGUAGCCAGAAAUAGUGCCCAGUUUAUUCAUGGCCUUGGAAAAACUCAAUCAGGUGUCUGCUUGUAGCUCAGAACGUAGCCCCCAGAAACAGAGUGGCCCAGGGAGCUGCAAAUCCGUCAACACACACACACCCAGCUCCCGACCUGACUGCUGGGUCACUGAGGCCUUGAAAUGAUGUUUUGGCCACAAGUCACUAGAUAGUUUUAGAAGCUCUGUUUUCAUCCCUUUUUGCAGGAGUAGAGGCAUGAAACAGGGCAGACCAUUGAAAAUUUCCAGAUGUAGAAAAAUUCAGUCCUCUCCAAGGGAGAGAGAUACAAGAUCUCACUAACCCUGUGUGCCACUGGGCUGCGGCACUAUCAUUCAGGAAAUGAUUAUUUCCCGACGAUAUCAAAUUAGUGGAUGAAAGGCAACCUCAAAGACAAGAGCAUUUUCUUCAAUCAUGACUAAAUAACAAAAAUCGGAUAAUUACAUUACCAUGAAGCUCAUUAUUCUUAGAUUUCUAGGCCUCAAUGCAUUGACCCUCCCCACAGGACAGCACAGAGCAAAGAUCUUACAAUCAAGAGCAAGAUGACCUCCACAGACCCACUGUCACCUAUGAAGGAAGCUGUGCAUACUGCAUGAUAAAGGAGAUUUGAGAUUUCACUAUAGCUUUACUUUUGCCACCAACUCAAUAGAAUUAAAAUGCAAUUCAUCAUGCCCUCCACAGAUUUGUGAACUUCUGGAACUAAACCUAUCUUCUGAAGGAAAUGCGCCCAGCAGCUCUAGGAGUUGUCAUGCGUAGGUCAGUAUGCCUAGAGAUGGAGCUUUUAAAGAGUGUUUAUUCCCCUAAUCUGUAACCACAACAUUCAUUUUCUUUGGAGGAACAUCUUGGCAUUUUUGGAGAAUAGAAAGAUCUGAAGAGUUUAGUAUGAAUAGGAAAGUGUGUCUGUAAAAUUCCUACAGGCAUUAAACUCUGAAAUCCACAUUGCACAGCCUUCAAAUUGGUGCCAAACUGGGUAGACACCCUCCUGCUUUCUGAGUGCAUGAACAACAAAAAGGCCAGACUGAGUGCAAUUAGGCAGAGGAAGUUGGAUUCAGAAACAGCUCCUGGUAGUAUUUCUCUGCUCUCACAGUUCACACCAACUGGGGUGGAAAGGAUGCCACAGUGAGACCAGAAUGAGAAGUCUCUGUGCCAUCUCCCUGCAAAGUCACUUUCAGAUAAAAAGGACAAUAAAAGUGAGAUGUCUAAAAUAAGCCGAGAAUCUCAUAUGCACCUACAACUUCUAAGUGAAACUCUUUCUCCCUCAUGUCCUUAGAUAGUACUAGAAUCAUACACAGCCUCCCUUUUAAAGAUGGGCUAACCUGCCAGGCCCGGAGCGCAGAGUGAGCACUCGACGCCUGUUUCCUGACUCAGCUGUUCCAGAGUGUCCGUUCCUCUCUGCUGACUGCAGUGCUGUUUACUACUGGGCCACAGAAACAAAGCCUGCUGUUUAUACAGUCCCUUUUUCUAGUAUUUUCCUGUGCUUUUAUAAUACCAAGUCCAUAAGUUCUGAAGAUAAAUUAUGUGAAAUCCUAUUUUGGUAUAUGGGGUGGAGAAUGAAUACAGACUUUAGGAAGAUCCCAUUUGUACCACAGAAAAGAUUUUGGGUGUUGUUCUAUAUGAAUUUAUAAAUUUUUCUUGUUUUAUUUUGCAUUAAAAUAAAGCUUUAUUCCAUCAGCAAAA